AUGCUGAUAGUGAACCUAAUGAAUGGUAUCAUAUAUGAACUGCCUCGUUUUCUUGCUAGAGGGCUGCGGUUUAGCUGGCAGAAUGGAGAGGAGUUGGCAAAUUGGACUGGCACCUUUAAUUUCAUGGAUGACGGAGCAGUGAAGAGUGGCAGGGACCCAGGCACCAGGUAUUUUGAGUUUUAUGAAGGGCCUUUGGAAUACAACUCCACCAAAUGCCUGGAAUUACGACAGGACAUCAUUGAGGUGAAGGUUUUGUCUAUGGUGAAACAAACUGAAUUGUUUGACAGGUGGAAGAGCCUACAGAUGUGCAAAUGGGAGAUGAAUGUCACAGAAGCUAACCUAUUCAAGUCUACUUUGUUGAGGUGUUGCAAUGCCCCUGUCUUUCUGUUCACCACCCAGAAAAAUACUCCCUUGGGAACUAAACUGAAAUAUGAAGUGGAUACUAGUGGAAUCUUCCAUAUCAACCAAUAAAUCUUCAAAAUGUUUCCAAAGGAUAUGCCAUACCACUGCUCCCAGUUUAAGAAAUGUGCAAUGGUCGGGAAUGGAGGAAUUCUGAAGAACAGCAGAUGUGGCCGAGAGAUUGACAGUGCAGACUUCAUGUUUCGAUGCAAUUUGCCUCCUAUAUCUGAGAAAUACUUCACAGACAUUGGGGUAAAGACGGAUGUCGUGACUGUCAAUCCCAGUAUAAUUACAGAGAGAUUUCAUAAGCUGGAGAAAUGGAGGAAGCCUUUCUAUGACAUGCUCCAGGUCUAUGAAAACGCUUCUGUGCUGCUGCCGGCUUUCUACAACACUCACAAUACAGACGUCUCAAUCCGGGUCAAAUACGUCCUGGAUGAUUUUGAAUCUCAGCAAGCUGUUUACUACUUUCAUCCCCAGUAUCUCAUCAAUGUCUCACGCUACUGGCUUGGCCAAGGGGUACAGGCCAAGCGGAUUAGCACGGGACUGAUCCUGGUGACUUCCGGGCUAAACCACAACAUGACUGCUGCCCUGGAGCUCUGUGAAGAGGUCCACCUCUUUGGCUUUUGGGCCUUCCACACGAACCCCUCAGGGAUUUUUAUAACUCACCACUACUAUGACAAUGUGAAACCUCACCCCGGUUUUCAUGCUAUGCCUUCAGAAAUCUUCAACUUUCUCCACAUGCAUAGCAAGGGGAUCCUGCGGGUUCAUACAGGGACCUGUAGCUGCUGUUGACAAAGACACUUCUUCCUCUGAUGCAACAGUGCAACAGGAACUCAAAGCCUGUGUACAGUGUAGGAAGUUUUAUUACACCCUGAGAUUAUGCAAUAAUUGUUUGAUAUAAAUUUCCUCAAGGCAUUGCAUCCCAUAGGACCUAGGAUACUAGCAUCCUUCCUGCUA